AUGGAUUUUUUGUUGAAACACAACCUUCUCAAAAGCUUCAUAAUCUCUCUCAUUCUCACUCUCAUCUUCCUUACCUCACCAUCAUCCUCAUCAUCAUCAUCAUCGAACCAAGAAACAAGAGUAACUACACAAAAGACAGAACCCUACCUCAACGGCAACGAACCACCGCACCAACUCGUCUACAUCAAGAAAAUGACGCCGUUUAUCUUGAACCCGCGUCAACGAGAUCAACACCGUCGUCUUCGUUACAAUCACCACUACUACUACUACCGCCAUAGCAUCCGUCGCCGUGGCCUUAGUCAGUUUCAACGCCGUGCAAACUACUUCAAGAUGAUGACCAAGAAAAGCAGUAACGGUUUUAACCGUCCGGUCCGACCGGAUACUUUCUCUGUUAUGCUUCCCAAAGGAUUCGUACCACCUUCCGGUUCAUCUCCUUGCCAUAACCAGAACCCUAACUCCGCUACCACUGUCUUCUGCGAUCUUUCUACACAACCUUAA